AUGAGACCCUCCACCUUCCUCGUCGCCGCUCUGGCUGUUGUCCCCGGUGCUCUCGCCGUUGACCAGAUGAAGUCCGUCAUCGUUUGGGCCAAAACCGAUUCCGUCGGUGACGACAUCAUUCAGAGGGCGAAGCAAUCCAUCAUCGAUGCCGGCGGUGAGGCAUUACUCUUCAAUCGGUUUGAGGUUUUUGAAUCGCAGCUAACAACGAUCAGGGGAUUUGCCGCCGUCACACCUGCCAAGGUCCUUGAAUCCGUUCAAGCCUUCAGCGAAAGCCUCACAAUCGAAGAGGACCACACUGUCACCAAUUCCGUAUAG